AUGCUCGCCGCCAAGCGGAAGGGCGGCGCGCCGGUGCGGAGGAGGAAGCCGCAGCCUCCGUCGCCGCCUGCGGCCUCUGCGCCGCCGAGCCCGCCCGGCGUCGCGCUCGUCGACCCGGCGUACGAGUCGCUGCGCGGGUGGCUCGAGGCGGAGGGCGCCAAGCUGGGAGCCGUCGCCAUCGCCGACUUUGGCGGCCUGCGCGGCCUGAUGGCGACGCGGCGGAUCGACGCCGGCGAGGAGAUUGUCGCGGUGCCCGCGCGCUGCGCCGUCGACCUGGGCGCGCAGGGCGACGACCCACUCCCGGCGGCGCGCGCGCUGCUCGAGGCGCGCGCGCGCGACGCUGGCGGCGCGCGCGAGCCCUACUACGCGACGCUGCCGCAGCCGGACUCGCCCGACCUGUGCACGCCCGACUUUUGGGGCGAGGCGACGCUCGAGCUGUGCCAGUGGCCGCCGCUGGCGGAGGAGGUGCGCCGCCGCGCCGCGGACAUCGAGAGCGCGCUGGGCGGCGGCGGCGAGGGCGAGGGCGGCGCGGCGGGCGAGGCGGCGCGGCGCGAGCUGCAGUGGGCGGUGUGGCUGGUGCAGUCGCGCGUGCUGACGGUGCAGGGCGCGGACGGCAGGGGGCACAAGCUGCUCAUCCCGUGGCUCGACAUGUUCAACCACCGCGCGUCGUCGCCCCACCGGCUCGCCGGCCGCACCGACGGGAUGCUGCGCGUGCUCGCCGGCGCGCCGGUCGGCGCGGGCGAGCAGGUGGAGAUCGUGUACGGCACGAGCGGCACCUCCAACGCCGAGUUCCUCGGCCACUACGGCUUCCUCGACCCCGCGGCCGCCGCGGCCGACGAGGCGCUGCUGCGCGCGCACCCGCACGCGCGGCCGCUGCUCAAGCAGACGGCGCUGGCGGACGACGAGGCGGUGCUCGCCGCGACGGAGCCGGGCUCGCACGAGGCGCUCGCGCUCGGCCUCCGCGUGGCGCUCAAGCGCGCGAUGGCGAGGAGCGGCGUGGGGGGCGGGUUCGGGAGGCGUCGGCGGACCAAUCCCAUGGAAAGCCCACCCACGGUUGGCAAGCCUGAAAAGCAGCCGCGCAAGCUGCGACGGUCGGCCUUCGUCUGCUGGGCUCGCGAGCUGUCGGGCGGUUCCCUCCCCUACGAGUGCGAGCCGGUGUCUCCGCGGUCAAGCGCGUUCCGGGAGCACUUUUGUCUUCGGUGCCGGAGUGAGGGCUUCGCCAUCCCCUCCUCGCGGAUACGGGUGGCCACCGGCGACGGCGUCCCGAUGCGGCGGUGGAACCAGAGAACGGCCGGCGUCUGGAACUGCCUGCCGGGCCAGGGCGACACGCUACCGUGGCCGCCGCAUCGCGUCUGCAACCAGACGUCCGGCUGCACGGGGCCAAAGCUCGUCAUCCUGCGGCACGAGACGUCCGACUCGCUCCCCGGCCUCGCGCGGGUGUCGGGGACGGCGCCGAUCUCCUUCCGCGUCGGGAGGACCCUCGCCCCGGCGGGCUCUCACGCGGCGGCGGAUCUGAUCCCCGCCGCCCGCGCCGCCCGCCCGCCGCCCGCCUUGCCCCCCUCCUGGCUGCCAAACCCGGCCGGUGCGGCGGCGGGCCAGCCAAUCGCUGCGGCGAUGCCCUCCUACCUUUGGCAGGGCUACCCGCCGCCGCAGGGGUGCCUCGUCGCAGCGCCGCCCGGGGCUCCCAUGCCACCUCCUCCCGGGCACCUCGUCGCAGCGGCGGCCGUCGGCUGGCCGUGCCAUCUCCCCGUCCAACCGCUGGCCGGCCACCCGCUGGCUUGCCAGCUUCCCUCGACGCCGCAGCUCGACAUCGCGCACGCGUGGCCUCCCGCGCCCGUCUCGUGCUGGCCUCCGCCAGCGACGGGGGCGGCGCCUUCGGCCGGCAUGCCGGACGAGGGGAAGCAGGCGCCGGAAGGGCGGAAGCGGGGGAGGCCACCUCUAACGCAGAGCUCGGGCUACGUCUCGCCGCCCCACCCCUCCUCCCACUCGGAGGUCCUCGCACCUCCGCCACCUCCGCAGCAGCCUCCUCAGCAGCCUCUGCAGCAGCAGCAGCCUCUGCAGCAGCAGCAGCAGCCUCUGCAGCAGCAGCAGCCUCUGCAGCAGCAGCAGCCUCUGCAGCAGCAGCAGCCUCUGCAGCAGCAGCAGCCUCUGCAGCAGCAGCAGCCUCUGCAGCAGCAGCAGCCUCUGCAGCAGCAGCAGCCUCUGCAGCAGCAGCAGCCUCUGCAGCAGCAGCAGCCUCUGCAGCAGCAGCAGCCUCUGCAGCAGCAGCAGCCUCUGCAGCAGCAGCAGCCUCUGCAGCAGCAGCAGCCUCUGCAGCAGCAGCAGCCUGCCUGGCGGCUUGCCUGGGGCUGCACUGAGCAAGCCCGCGAGCAGGCGACGGUCGGCGCGGCGGCGCCACCCUCCUGGCCGCCCGCCCCGCUGCCGGCAGGCCUGCUGCCCCUGGCUGGCCUCACCCGCCAGGCGUCCAUCGCGCCACACGUGGCGCCGCCUCUCCAAGCCCCUCAGCCGGCGGACCUCGCCGCCGCCCCGCUGCCCGAGAGCUGCGGCGCGCUCGACGCGCUCGCGGCCUCCGCGGCGGCGGCGGCUCGGGCGGUCUUGCCCACCGCCGCACGCCCCACCGCCAUCGCGGACUGA